AUGGAGAAAGGCCUGUUCUUCAGCCCCCGGGGCCGGGUCCUGUCCUGGGUGCUGGAGGCCAAGGGGAGACUUCCUGCAGGUGCCCAGGCUGAGGUGCACGUGUCUGUACCCCCUCUGGUGGAGGUGUUGCAAUCAGAGCUGAUCACCCUGGACUGCAAGCCUCGGGAGCGCCCUGAGCAUUACGUGCUGGAGUGGUUCCUUGUGAGUGCNNCCGGGUCCCGGCAUCACCUGGCUUCCGUGGAGCCACAGGGCUCAGAGCUCCUGAGCACAGUCCACAACUCUCGGGGCCGCAGUCCCCCAUACCAGCUGGACUCCCGAGGUCGCCUGGUGAUAGAAAAAGCCCAGGUGGGGGAUGAGCGGGACUACGUGUGCGUGGUGAAGGCUGGGUCAGAGGGCACCUCCGAGGCCACCUCAAGAGUCCGUGUGUUUGCGAUCCCCGAGGCUACGGAGGUGAUUCCCAACAAAGGGACGCUGUCCGUGAUGGAGGAGUUUGCCCAGGAGGUAAUGUGGCUGGAGUUGAGAGCCGUGGGUGAAGAGUCCCGAGAUCCAACAGAGAAUGUAGAGUUCUGGGUGGGGAGUCCAUCCACCACAGAAGGCUGGGUACGUGAGGGUGACGCUGUCCAGCUGUUCUGCCAGGGUGAUGGUAGCCCCAGCCCAGAGUACUCCUUUUUCCGAAUACAGGACAAGCAGGAGAAACAGCUAAAUGUCAGCCUCAGGGGGAACUUUACCCUGGAGGGCAUUCGUCGGAAUGAGAGUGGGGUCUACGGCUGCAGAGUGGAAGACUACGAUGCCCCUGAGGAAGCCCAACUUGUCAAGAGCCUUGAGCUGCAUGUGGCCUAUCUGGAUCCCUUGUUGCUGAGUGUGCCCGAGGAGGUCUCCGUGUUCCUGAACAGCAGUGACACAGUUGUGGACUGCUCAGCCAGAGGCCUGCCUGCUCCUACUGUGCGCUGGACCAAGGAUUCUGUGACCCUCGCAAACGGGCCCAAGCUCUCUCUCAACUCUGUUACCUUUGACUCUGCGGGCACAUACACAUGCGAGGCCUCUACACCCAUAGUCCCCCUCCUGAGCCGGACACAGAGUUUCCAGCUGCUGGUCGAAGGGCCACCAGAGAUAAAACCAAACGAGAUAAAGCCCAUAUCCGGGAAUGGCUGGACGGAAGGAGAUGAAGUGAUGCUGACCUGCUCCGCCCGAGGCUACCCGGAACCCAAACUCACCUGGACUCAGCGAGGCCAUACUCCACAUCCCAACAACCCCGUGUCUGUGUCUAACCUCAAACCCAACUUCCUGUACGCAGCCUUUCCACAAUCGGCCCCAGAAACCAACCUCAUGCCAGCCAGGGAACCAGAAAUGAGCCACUCUGGCUCGGAUCGUCCAGAACAGACGGGCCUUCUCAUGGGCGGGCCCUCCGGAGGAGGCAGAGGUGGCAGCGGGGGUUUUGGAGAUGAGGAAAAGCCUGAUGUCAAGGAGAACGGCAAGAAACAGAGGCUAAGAGAGGGUGAGAGACGGCUGGCAUGA